CUCGCUCGCUUGCUCGCUCACUCCGGCGCUGCGCCUGGGCGCGGCGGGCGGCGCAAUCCCACCGCCGGGGAGGGGCGGCCGUGGGGUCGCCACCAUCGCCGCCGCCCCCUGGUCUGGUCCUCUCUCUUGGAAGGAGCGCCGCCCUGGGCAUGGGCAUCUCACCGUAGCUGGAGCAGGGAGGAGAGGAGGGCGGGAGAGACCCGCCCCGUCGCCGCCACCGGCGGCGGCCCCAGCAGCAGUAGCAGCAGCCUCCGACCAUGGAGGUGGGCAAGAUGACUGUCAGCAUCAACAAGGCCAUUAAUGCUCAGGAAGUUGCCGUCAAAGAGAAACACGCCAGAACAUGCAUCCUGGGGACGCACCACGAGAAAGGAGCCCACACCUUCUGGGCCGUCGUGAGCCGGCUGCCCCUCUCCAGCAAUGCCGUCCUCUGCUGGAAAUUUUGCCACGUCUUCCACAAGCUCCUCCGUGAUGGACAUCCAAAUGUCUUGAAGGACUCUGUGAGGUACAAGAGCGAGCUCAGCGACACCAGCCGCAUGUGGGGCCACCUGAGCGAGGGCUACGGGCAGCUGUGCAGCAUCUACCUCAAACUGCUGAGAACCAAGAUGGAGUUCCACACAAAAAACCCCAGGUUCCCAGGAAACCUUCAAAUGUCAGACAGGCAGCUUGACGAGACAGGCGAGAACGACGUGAAUAAUUUUUUCCAACUCACUGUGGAGAUGUUCGAUUACUUGGAGUGUGAACUGAACCUAUUUCAGACAGUCUUCAGCUCCUUGGACAUGUCUCGCUCUGUGUCGGUCACGGCUUCCGGGCAGUGCCGCUUGGCCCCACUAAUCCAGGUCAUCCUUGACUGCAGCCACCUCUACGACUACACAGUCAAACUCCUCUUCAAGCUCCACUCCUGUCUCCCAGCUGACACACUCCAAGGCCACAGGGACCGUUUCCUGGAGCAGUUCAAAAAGCUGAAGGAUCUGUUCUAUCGCUCCAGCAACCUUCAAUACUUCAAGCGGCUUAUUCAGAUCCCACAGCUGCCUGAGAAUCCACCCAACUUCCUGCGGGCCUCAGCGCUCUCCGAGCACAUCAGCCCUGUGGUUGUCAUCCCAGUGGAAGCCUCAUCCCCUGACAGUGAGCCCAUCAUGGACCUUGUGGAGAUGGAAACAUCUUCUCAGAAGAGUCUCUUUGACAAUAAGUUUGAUGACCUCUUUGGCAGUUCAUUCAGCAAUGAUCCGUUCAACUUUAACAGCCAGAAUGGGAUGACCAAGGAUGACAAGGACCGGCUAAUUGAGCAGCUGCACAGGGAGAUCAGCACUCUCAAGGAUGAGCUGAAGAACUUCAAGGCUGAGAGCCACCGCCUGGUGCAGCAACUGAAGGGGCGCAUCAACGAGCUGGAGGCAGAGCUGGCAGAGCAGCAGCACCUGAAGCAACAGGCCCUGGACGAGAGCGACUUCCUGCGCACAGAGCUGGACGAGUUGAAAAAGCGGCACGAGGACACGGAGAAAGCCCAGCGCAGCCUCACGGAGAUAGAGAGGAAAGCACAAGCUACAGAGCAGCGAUACACAAAGCUGAAGGAAAAGUACAGCGAGCUGGUGCAGAACCACGCAGACCUCCUGCGCAAGAAUGCUGAGGUGACCAAGCAGGUGACAGUGGCCAGGCAGGUCCAAGGUGACGUGGAGCGGGAUAAGAAAGAGCUGGAGGACUCCUUCCAGCGGCUGAGUGAGCAGGCCCAGCGGAAGACUCAGGAGCAGGUGGAAGUCUUGGAAGCAUUGAGGAGGGAGCUCAUUGUCAGCAAACAGGAACUCCAGACCCUCCGAAGCACCAUUGAGUCCAGUGCACAGGCCGAAGCAGCGCACAGCACUCAGCUGGCCAGCCUGCAGCUGGAGACAGCCACCCUCAAUGAGACUGUGGCCCAGCGUGACCAGCAGCUGACUGAUUUGCAGGCCGAAGUGCAGCAGCUGAAGGCCACUCUGCAGAGAGAGAAGGAGGACAGCGGCAAAGCAGUAGAGGAGCUACGGAGCUCUCUGGAGGAAAGGGAGAGCAACACACAGGCCCUCCAGCAGCAGCUCCUGGACAAGCAGUUUGCCCUCCUGCAGUGCGCCACAAGGGAAGCUGAGCAGAUGGUGCAGGAUGCCCUGAACCGAAUCGAGGACCCCACACAUGUCAGCUGCACGAGCUCCGCAGAUUACCUUCUAUCCAGGACCUCUGCGGCAUCCGAGUGUGUAGAGCGGCUGCAGGAGGCAUGCACCCAGUACCUCUCCAACCAGUCAGAUGUGAGCAGCUUGUUGUCACACGUGGCUCUCUUUGGCCACCUGGUUGGCGACACCAUCAUCCAGGCAAGCGCCACUUCACACAUGGCCCCCAUGGAGGCUGCAGACAUGCUGUUGGAAGCCUGCAGGCAGUGUGGCAGUGAGGCCUUGUGCUACUUGGGCACCCUGAAGGACAAAGCCUCUUUGGAGAGUGCCAACUGCGCAGCCGUCAGGAACUGUCUUGGGCGGAUCACUGCCAUUGGAGAGGACCUGCGCCCCAAGGGCCUGGACAUCAAGCAGGAGGAACUCGGGGAUUUGGUGGACAAGGAGAUGGCAGCCACAGCAGCAGCAAUUGAGAUGGCAGCUUCCAGAAUUGAGGAGAUGCUGAGCAAGUCACGGGCAGGAGACACUGGAGCCAAGCUUGAGGUCAACGAGAGGAUUCUGGGCUCCUGCACAGGCUUAAUGCAGGCCAUCCAGGUUCUGGUCAAGGCUUCCAAGGACCUCCAGCGGGAGAUUGUGGAGAGUGGAAGGGGAGCAGCAUCCCCCAAGGAGUUUUACGCCAGAAAUUCCCGCUGGACGGAGGGGCUGAUUUCUGCCUCCAAGGCUGUCGGCUGGGGAGCAACUGUGCUGGUAGAUGCUGCUGACCUCGUGGUUCAAGGCAAGGGGAAGUUUGAGGAGCUCAUGGUCUGCUCGCAUGAAAUUGCAGCAAGCACAGCCCAACUAGUUGCUGCUUCAAAGGUGAAAGCAGAUAAAGACAGCGCAAACCUCAGCAAGCUCCAGACUGCCUCCCGGGGAGUCAACCAGGCGACAGCCAGGGUGGUGGCUACCACCAAGUCAGGAAUGUCGCAAAUUCAGGAGACAGACAGCAUGGACUUCUCCGCCAUAACGCUAACACAGAUCAAGCGUCAAGAAAUGGAUUCCCAGGUGCGAGUCCUGGAGCUGGAAAACCAGUUGCAGAAGGAACGCCAGCGCCUGGGAGAGCUGCGGAAGAAGCACUACGAACUGGCAGGGGUGGCUGAGGGCUGGGAUGAGAAUGGUGCUAAUCUAGCCCCCUGAGGAGACAGCUGGAGAAGAGGCACCAUCCAUUGGUGCAGCUCCUUCCAAACACGAAUUAUAAACUCCUUUGGAACAUACCGCAAAGCCUGUGCUCACCACGAAGACAUACCUCUCUCUCUCUUGGGCCAGCCAGGGCGCCCUGCUGGUCAAGAAGAUAGUAGCAGUCAUGGCAGAGGGGGCACAGGGAGAGGAGGUGAGGAGCCUCCCCAGCACCAUAGCAGCAACAGUAGCAGCAUCCAUAUGCACUGCCUGCCAUAGCCCACAAAGCCCACACUGGCCUCAUGGGCAUUGUUCUAGCUUUGCAGCCUCUCUGCAAAAGUCGUACUCCAUCUCUCUCUCCUCCUCCACCUUCAGUUCACUUCCUUAUUUGCACAACCUCCGAGCUGCCAGCCUUGGCCUUCGACCCACACCAGGGCCCGUGGUGACAUCUCUCUGCUCAUGCUGCUUCUCUUUGUCUGCCCCCUCUUGUCCUCAGAACCAAGAGGGUGGCAGGACCUGCUGAAACUGUAGUGUGUGUGUGUGUGUGUGUGUGUGUGUGUGUGUGUGCACUUGACCACCCUGCGAUGACAGGGUUGGAGGGCCUUCAGUACAAACAGACCAUAGUGCCCAUAGAAGGGAUGGAUUAGGUCCAUCCCGGAGAUGGGUGGCAGCCAUCUUCUCACAGGCCAUCCUGUAACAGGCAGGAAACACUUCUUGGCCUCACAGCCCCUCUCUUCUCUGGCUCCGCUGCCCGCUCCAACAAAGCAGGCCUUUCUGCUGCUUCAGAGCAGCCCACUGUGUGUUGAGCCAGCAAUAAACAGCUGAGAAUCUCAGAGCGGGAAGAGCUGGCGAGGGUCUGAUGGGGCCAGAGCAGCUGCUUUCAUGUUGGGCUCUGUGAGGGACUCCACCUGCUCAUACGUAGACCUGGCCAGUUGCCCUUUUCUCACACGGAGUCCAUUAGCACAACCCGUCAGCCCUCUCUGGACCGAACAGAGUCUGAAAUAGCCAGCAGCGCAAGACGAUGUGGAUCCUGUUGUAGACUUGGCUUCUCCCCCACCCAACUGAUGCUGCCUUCCAUGACUGGCUGCCUCAGGCACCUUGUGAUCACUGUGAGUCAUUAGUCAUACAGCAGUGGAAACAUCUGGGCAGCAACCCUGCACUGUCCUCGUUCAUGAUGGGGGGGGUGCUCUCUCUCUCUCUCUCUCUCUCUCUCACACACACACACACACACACACACAAACACACAUACACACACACACAAGCAUGGAUACACCUGUACACCCUAGAUUAAAACCUGCCACUGGGGGCAAUCCAAUGUGUGCCUGCUCCUCGCUCCAGCUGGGGCAAUCACUCGGAAGCAGAGAACCUCCCUGCUGCAUCGGGUGGGACUGCCCUGCGCCUGGUAUUUGCCGGCAGGCCAGCCUGUUUCAACUUGAGGAUGGGAGGGUUCAAGCUACAAUCCAAACAAAGGUGACCAUCAUGUAACAUUCUUCCUGGGUCAUCUGAAAAGGCCCCAAGGGCUGCCAAAGAGUCUGGGAACUUUGGAAGCUCUAACAAUGGAGUGGGUGGUUGGACUGGGCCCAGGAUCAGCCUUUGACAAGGCAAAACAGGGAAAUUUGUGAGUCUGACUUGUGGCGCUGUGUCCCACAGUGUCCCUGGGCCCGUUCAAGACCCUCCUCCUUGCCCUCAAGUCACUCAAGAUCAGUCUGUCUUUCGCACACUGCCAUUGGGGUGCAGGGGCUGGAGGGACCCACAGAGGAGCCAGGGUUUCUUGCUCUCCGUUGGGAGUUACUCUGACUUGCCUACCCCUCUCCAGUUCUUCUGAAGAAGUCGUUGCUUAGACCAACAGCCUCUCCAAGUGGUGCCUGUUAAUGCCCCCGGCCUUCCUGCCAUCUGGGUGGCAGCAGCCCAAGAACCAAAUAGCCCUCUCUUCCCACCGCCAGCUUGAAUGAGGCCACUCAGCUGCCUGCCUCUCUCUCCAAAGCAGCAGGAACAGCCUUGCUGCCACAGCACAUGAUAGGAGAAGGGGCUCCAUAUGGCACUGAACUACCCUUACGCAACCCCUUCUGCCCUCCGUCCCCUCCCCCCCCCAACUACCUCAGGUUUUCAGGCUGAUGGGCCACCCAUGUUGGGGACAAAACAGAAGACGACUGCCUGCCAGGGUGAUGUCUUGAGCCUGGCAGAAAGGCCAUUUUGUCUCACUAGUAAAGUGACUUCCUCAGUGCUCGCUCUUUCUCCUCUAUUUUUUAAACUUUUCCUAAAUUGGGGUGAGGGGUGUCAAACAAAAACUUCCAUUAGAGCAGUUUCCCUUAAGUGACUAAAAUCACUCACCACAGGUCUGGGGCCAGGUUACCAGUUGACCCAGGUGCCAGCUCUCUUUUUAAUUAUUGUAUUAAAUACAAGAUUCCCCCCCCCCUUUGUAUGAUAUGUUGAAUGUGUGUUUUCAAUUUUUAAAUAAAUAUUUCAACCCGG